ACCUGUGUUACCAAAACGUUACCGCUGUCAUCACAGCCGCUCUGUAUUUUCACUUUCUCCCCCUCCAGCACUGUUGAUUUCAUCGGAAGCUGCUAUUUCACCGAGAUCUGCAAGUGCAAGCUGAAGAACAUCGCCUGUCUGAAGUGUGGUAACAUCGUUGGUUAUCAUGUGAUUUCUCCCUGCAAACCUUGCCUGCUGUCCUGUAACAAUGGCCACUUCUGGAUGUUUCAUAGCCAAGCAGUCUUUGGCAUCAACAGACUAGACCCUUCUGGUGUGAAUGUCUUGCUCUGGGGCAACUUGCCAGAUUUGGAGGAAAGCACAGAUGAAGACACGUCCUCCAUCUCUGAGGAGGAGUAUAUCAGAUAA